GAGGAAUUCAGUCAGGUGGUAAAUGUCAUACGUGGUGCGUCGAUAGCGCUGCUUCCGGGAUCGCUUGCGGAGGAAGGAAAUCUUUUCUUCUCUUAUCGCUUUUUUUUUUUCGAUUCGGGCGAACCGGAGGUGAUUUGUAUUAUUUUAUUUGGGAGUGAGUUGUUUGGGUAUCCGACUGUUUCGUAUAUUGAGUUGUUAAAUGAAUGAUAAAAGUGAUGUUGAUGGGCUUUUAAUCAGUGCGAAAAAGUUUGAUUAUAAACUAAAUGCCUCGUUGUGCGUUAAUGUCGCAUUACGGCGUACCGGGUGAAACGCCUCCCCGGUCGCCGUGCAGUCCUGCUAGUAGUCCAAUUGCAGGAAUUUCCUCGAGGAGCAUCAGCCCGUCCUCUCCUCGAUCGCCUGUCGCAGCCUCCAGGCAUAGCGCCUUCUCUUUAGUUUAUCCCAAAUAUUUCAAUAGAGACAAGAAUUAUUUAACUGUGAAUGGAAUGAGUGCCUUAAUGUACGCGAAUUCCUUGAAUCAUUUAGUCAAUACUCCUUACCCGUCCUACAUGUGGCAUCCGAUAUCAGGAUUAUUUCUACCGUACUCUCCUGCGAACAGACCGGAAUCUCUGAGUCCCGAUCCAUCGACGUCCUUGGACAAAGGUUGUUUCGUGGAGAAAACAACACAAGAUGAAGAUGCGCCUCUCAAUUUGUCCCUCAAAGGGCGUUCGCGGACGCACAGCAUCUGGUCACCUGGCAGUUUGUGCGAGCAAGAAAUGAAAACGAUGGCAAUUCGACCGGAUUCUAGUGUAUCAUCGACGACCGUAAUUAAUCCGGUAAAAGCGGAAAAUCGAUGGAAAUGGGAUAACGAGAGGGAGAUCCACGCUAGAGUACCGACCUUAGGACCAUCGGGAGAGAAACAAUUUACGUGCCAGCAAUGCGGUAAAUCGUUCAAACGCUCCUCCACCCUCUCCACCCACCUGCUCAUUCACUCGGACACGAGGCCGUACCCGUGCCAGUACUGCGGCAAGAGGUUCCAUCAAAAAUCGGAUAUGAAGAAACACACCUACAUACACACAGGUGAAAAGCCGCACAAGUGCGUAGUGUGUUCGAAAGCCUUCAGCCAAUCGUCUAAUCUCAUCACGCACAUGCGCAAACACACCGGCUACAAGCCGUUCUCCUGCGGCCUCUGCGACAAGUCCUUCCAGAGGAAAGUGGAUUUGCGGCGACACAGGGAGUCCCAGCAUCCCAGCGUGCCGGAGUCCAUCAUAUCCAGUUUGUACAGACCCACCGAAAUCGGCGCGGACGACGUUAAGACCGAAAUUAAAACGGAAUUUUCUUAAGUAGGUACUUCAGUUUUUCAAAAAAUUUCAUCUUCAAUGAGCUUCUCGAGCCACUUGUGGAAUUCACGCUGUCCCUAGAAGAAAUCAGAUCGUUGAAAUAGUGGCGUUUGGAGACCCAAUGUGAAGCGGAACAAUGAGAUAUAAGAGGUAAAUAAUUGUUCAUAAGAUCUGGAACAUUUACAACUGAAGAACUCUACGUAUAGGAUACUAUAAAUUGGGUAAACUCGAAAUAAAAGAAACUAUAGACAAAAUUAAAGAUAAAGAAGAAGAAGACAUAAACUUACUUAUACCAUCCAGUGUCAAAAACAUAUUUCCAAGGCAAUGACUUGGAACAAUAAACUACCUACAUAUUGUUUAUGAACAAUCUUUGUAGAAUCGAAAGUGCCAUUAACUAGACGUGAUUCCCGUGUCUUGCGUUUGCCAUUCAAUAAUUUCAUCGGCCAUUUUGAUGCCAUAUUUAAUCGCGUUUAUAUUCGACGUCCGUCCAGAAAUGACCAAAGCAAAGAAAGCAUACGCUUAGAAUUAGUUUGUACAAAUUAUAUCGACUAGUUGAACAUUUUUUUUGUUGUACAUAUUUACAUAAAUACCUAAACCUAAUGUAUUGUAAAAAAUAUCUAUACCUAUUUCGAUAACGAUGUUGCCAGUGCUGUUUUUGUAAAUAGAGUUUUCGGGACUUAGUACCAGUCUAGUCUGUAAGUAGUUAAAUCAAGGAUUAGGAUAUCGGAAUGUGUGAGUCUUUAAAACAUUUUAGAAGAAAUUAUAGUCUUUUAUAAACACAAAUUGCAAGGAUUUUUAUUUUGAUUUUUGCUAGUUGUGUUAGUUAUUUCCUAAUCUUUGAAUGUAAAAGGUAACUGUUACCAAAAAAGUGCAGAUACAUAUUUGAAAUUAAUUUUGUUCAUUUUUUUCCUUUUUAGCAUGUAAAACUUGUAAAAAUUUUUGCACUCUUGUCCAGUAUUGCACUUUUAGA